ACUACAUGUUUUAAAAGACAUCGAUAAAACAAUGAUGAAUUCAUUUUGUAGUUCCUAGGGUGAAGUUUUGUUAAAGUAAAAACAUAUCCUUUCAGUGCCUCACAGAUUGAGCAGAGUGGUAAAAAAUGCUGGAAAACUUUAGUUUAUUUUGAUAAAUCAUGCCAGUCUCCCUGUUCAAAAUAUCGUCUGCUACAGAGCAGUGUAGACUGCUGCUUAUUCUGAUAACAUGCACUGCCAUAUAUGCAAUUUAAAUACCUUUCUGGCUAAAAAUAGAAUUCAGAUAAGUUUUAUAAACUGGCACCUACACAGACGCCAUGUUGUUUUAUAGGAGUUAACAAAAUGGCCACUGGACAAGAUGUCCUUCGUUGUGACCUGUGUGAGAUUGAACCAGUACAACUGUACUGUGAUUUCUGUCAGGUCAGCUUGUGCAAGGGCUGUGUUGGAGAACAUAUAUUAGAUGAUCCUCUCAAACACAAAGUAGUCCAAAUUCAUCAACGAAAAUCAACUCCAAUAUAUCCAAAAUGUUCCUCACAUGAAAAUAGGGCCUGCAAAAUCCAAUGCAACGAGUGUGACCAUCUAGUCUGUUCUCAAUGCGUAUCCUCAGAACAACACCGAGGACAUACCUUCAACAACCUCUUGGAAAUCUUCGAAUCCAAGAAAGAAGAAAUACAGAAAGAUUUUGAAGAAUUAGAAGAAACACUAUCCCCAGCCUACGAUUCUAGUACAAGGGAGAUAGAGAAUGAAAUAGACGGCUUAGAUGUGAAAUACGAGAAAUUAACAACAUCAGUCACAGAACAUGGAGAUGAGUGGCACUCAGAAGUUGACAGAGUUGUUAACGAAUUGAAAAAGGAAAUUGAUGUGAUGAAAAGGAGACAUCUUGAAUUACUAAAAGAACUGCUGUCUCAAACGAAGCACCUUCAGUCACUGGUUCAACAGGCACGGAGCGAUGCUUUACAAUUCCUGGAUUCCAAUGAAGUGUCUUCAGUCGUGGAAUAUCAAUCAAAGAAUAAAGAACUAAGCAAACUUCCCACCAGUGUUGAAGUGUCAGUGCCAAAGUUUAACCCGCCGAAGAUAGACUGUGCUCAGCUUGCUACAUUAUUUGGUAAAUUAGUCCCAACAAAACAAGAACAUGGCCACACAAUGAAGUCACUGGAACCUACAUCAUCAUCUUUAGUCAAGCAUUUCCUUGAUGAACCAAAGCUUAUCACAGCCAUAGACACUGGAUAUGAGAAGCUCCAUAGUGUUUCCUGUCUCAGUGGAGAAGAAAUCUUGGUAGGUGGUUCAUCAAAGAUUAUUAAAUGCUUUAACAUGAAGAGUUCACUGCUGAAGACCAUUACCCCAAAGUCAGGAAGUAUACCAAAUGGCAUAACAGUGUCACUUGAUGGGGAUCUAAUUUACUGUGACUGGAAAACAAGAACUGUGAACAAAGUGAAGAAUGGACAGACAGAGGUGGUGAUCAGACUUUGGGGCUGGAUACCUGGCAAUCUCUGUGUCAGCUCCUCUGGUGACCUUCUCGUUAUCAUGUUCAGUGUUGAUUACAAACAAUCCAAACUUGUCCGUUACUCAGGAUCAACAGAGAAACAAACCAUCCGGUAUGAAGAGAACGGUAAACCUCUGCUUUCAGGAAAUAAAGAACGUAAAUACAUUUGUGAGAACAGGAACCUCAAUAUCUGUGUGACUGACUGUGCAGCUCAGGCUGUGGUGGUGGUCAAUCUGGACGGCAAACUCCGAUUUAGAUACACCAGUCAUCUUUUUACUACCAAGGCAAGUCCAUUCAAACCAUUCGGGAUAACUACAGACAGCCAGAGUCAUAUCCUGACAUCAGACUCCAACAACCACUGUAUCCACAUCCUUGACCAGAAUGGACAGUUCCUCCGUUACAUAGAUAACUGUAAUCUGAAUAAGCCAAGGGGUUUAUUUGUAGACAACAAUGAUAACCUCUUUGUAGCUGAACUUCAAAGUGGAAAAGUAAAGGCAAUCAGAUACUUAUCUUAGAGUCUUAUACUGAACAUGUCUGAACUGUAUUAACUAAUGACUGGUGCAUGUAAUCAUAUUUCUGAGAAACUAUAAAUACUUUAAGGUACAAUAAAACAAUAUGGCUA